AUGGAUAAAUUAGUUUUUAAUAACAAUAAUAUUUUAACCCUCCUACUGAUAGACGAGGAUGAGGAUGAGGACGAGGUUAGUUUGUUUUCUGAUUUAACGCCAAAGGAAAGAAAACCAACAGACAAUAUCUUUAAAAAUCGUGAAAGUGAAGGAUUUUUUGAAAUACUAAUUAAUCGACAUUUAAUAAACAAUCACAAUAAAUUUCGUGAAUAUUUCCGAAUUAACUAUGAACAAUUUAACUUUUUGUUAACUUUGGUGGAAGAAAAAUUGACUGUACAACCAAGCAAUCGAAUUAAAAAGCCAAUAACACCGGCAGAAAAAUUAGCAGUUACUUUAAGGUAUCUUGCCACAGGUGAAUCAAUAAGAUCAUUAUCGUUCGCUUUUCGUAUUAGCCACAACUAUUCAAGUACAAUUAUAAAAAAUACACUAGCCGAAUUGAAAAUUAAAUUGGUGCCGAUUUUCUUGCCCGAUUCAAAAAAUAUUGAUUAUAAACAAAAAUCAGCAGAGUUUUCAUACAAAUGGAAUUUUCCUAAUUGUAUCUUAGCAAUUGAUGGAAAACAUGUCCGCAUUCGAAGUCCAAAUAAAUCUGGGUCAUUAUUUUAUAAUUACAAAGAUUUUUUUUCGAUUGUCCUUCUGGCAAUGGUGGAUGCGAAUUAUAAAUUUAUUGCUGUUGAUAUUGGUUCUUUUGGUAAAGAAGGCGAUAGUGGCAUUUUUUUAAAGUCAAACAUGGGACAGCAAAUUUUAAACGGAAGAUUCGGAUUUCCAGAACCAUGUCAACUCCCUGGAUCAGAUAAGGUUGCACCCCACGUAAUUGUAGGUGAUGAAGCUUUUCGUUUACAUAAACACAUUAUGAAGCCAUACACGAGGAAAUCUGCUAGAGAAAAUCCUUCAGAAGCUGUGUUCAAUUACAGACUAAGUCGUGCACGAAGAGUCACAGAAAACGCCUUUGGAUUAUUGAGCCAAAUUUUUAGGAUUUUUUAUCAACCAAUCAACUUGGAAACGACCACAAUCGACGAUCUAAUAUGGGUAACCUGCUGCUUACACAACAUGUUGCGUGAGGGAUACUUAGAGAAAAAUAAACGACCAUUCUUCGAAUAUGAUACGGAACAAUCACCUCCAACUGACAAUAUGAUACAAUUUUCUAGACGUGGAGGGUUUUCAAAUAGCGAAGGAUUUGAAGUAAGGAAUUUGUUCAAAGACUUUUUCAAUAAUGAAGGGGCUGUUUCUUGGCAAACAAAUUUUUAA